AUGCGCACAUCAGUCUGCGAUCCGAGUCGGUCAGAAAAUGGCGUCAGUCAAGUUUCUGGAGGAAGUACUCAGUAAGGACGUGGACGAAAACGCGUUCAGUGCAAUCGUGGUGUCGCUGGAAAGCGAGCUGGUCACCAACACGUCUGUCGUGUCCACCGGUAACAGGAGUCACCACCACAACAACACCAACACUAACAAUAGCACCAGCAGCAGCAGCAGCAAUAAUGCUGUCGCAGCUACAGCGGCCGCGCCGCAAAAACAACAGCAGCAGCACGUCUUGGUCAACGGUGCCCGGGCCGCCGCCUCCUCGAUGAACAAAUGCAUAGCCGCCGUCUCCGCCAACAACAACAACAACAAUAGUCUUAUAAGCCACUGCGAUAGUUUAAUGCCGGGCAUCAGUCAGGCGGAUUUUGUUGGCCAACAACAACAACAGCAGCAGCAGCAGCAGCAACAACAACAACAACAACAGCAGCAGCAACAACAGCAGCAGCAGCAACAACAACACCAUCACCAUGUCGUCAAUCCAACGCUGGCGCACAACUACGCGGCACCGCAACCCAUGAAAUCGCUAGACCAGGUCAAAGUAGUCUACUCGAAUUCGGCCAACAGCCGAAAUUACGUGCCGGUCAACUCGUUGCCCAACGGCACGAUUAAUUCUACCAGUACAGGUACUGGAACCGCUGUUGUAAUUAAGUCUACAUCUCAACAGCAUCAUCAUAAUUCACCUCCAGUUUCCACAAUGACUUUACCUGGACAAGUUUCGUCCAACCAAUCUUCUGUCUCAUCAAAUGUUAUUACUGUUUCCAAACAAAUGGCACAAGGCGUAGUUACUGGUAACUCUCCUCAAACAAUUUUGCCAGCAAAUGUACAAAUACUGAAUGUCAAUGCACUGCGGCCGCAAAAUUCUCAAGGUGGAGUCAAUAAAAAUAUGUCAAGAGUAAUGAUACCUCAAGUAGUUGGAUCCCGUCCUGGUGCACCCGGGCUUACUCUACAAACACUCCAACAAGCACAAGGUGGACAUAUAUUAUUAAAGACUGAAAAUGGCCAGUAUCAGUUAUUACGAGUUGGCCCAGCACCUAGUCAAGGGAAUGCUAUUACUCAGAAUAAUGCAAAUUUUAGAGUACAAUCUGUUCCUUCGGUUGCAACUAACAAUGUUUCCAUUGCUGGUACACCAACUACAACACCAACUCAAACGAUAGCUCAACCUCAACAGGCGCAUCAAAAAAUUCAACAAGACAAUACUAAAGAAAAAUGCCGCAAAUUUUUAGCCAAUUUGCUUGAAUUAUCAAGUAAAGAACCCAAACCUGUAGAAAGAAGUGUGCGAACCCUAAUACAAGAACUGGUUGAUGCCAAGGUGGAGCCAGAGCAGUUUUGUGAUCGGCUAGAGAAACUUCUGAAUGCUUCACCACAACCGUGCCUUAUUGGUUUCCUCAAGAAAAGCCUACCACUCUUGAGGCAAUCACUUAUGUUAAAAGAAAUGGUGAUUGAUGGAAUUCGACCACCACAACUUAGUGCUCAACCUACUGUUGUUUUAGCUAAUCAGCAGCAAGCAACGAAUACACAAGUAAUGGGAAAUAUCUUAAGUAAUGCAGCAUCUAACCAACAAACGGUUAGAAUAAUGACUUCCCAACCAGCCUUAACACCAGCAAGGACAAUUAAUUCUCAACAACAACAUAGAAUUGUUUCUCAACAAGUCAGGGUACAAACCCCACAAGGUCUCACAGCUGUUAAUAAAAUGGGUUCAAUUCGCAUUCAACCUCCAGUAGCAACUUCUCAAACUGCUACACUUCCUCCACCACUUACAUCAACAUCGUCCCCGAGACCACCAGCGGGUGGUGGUCGGCAGAUGCUUGUUAAAGCAGUACCUCUUAAGACACCAGCUGGAUCACAUAUUAAGAUUAGUACUCCUUUAGUACCGACACCUGUACAAACUAAUAGUAUAACAAUGCCUCAACCUCGGAUACCACCUUCACCAAAUAUAAUAGCACAGCCAACAAUGAUCAACAAAGUUCCAACACCAAUUACUGUUGCUCCGCCAAUAGUUGCAUUGUCUAAACCUCCAUCCAAGGAAAAAGAAAAGAAAUCUUUUUCGUCAUCAGCAGCAUAUGUUGGUGAUGAUGAUAUUAAUGAUGUCGCUGCGAUGGGUGGUGUCAACUUAGCAGAAGAAACCCAAAGAAUUUUAGGUUCCACCGAAUUUGUUGGAACACAAAUUAGAUCAUGUAAAGACGAAAUACUUUUACCGCAAAAUCCAUUAGUAGCAAAAAUUAAACAAAUUGUAAAUAGAGAAGGUUUAGAAGAUGCUGCAGCUGAUGUACCAGCUUUAGUAUCUCAUGCAGUUGCUGAACGCUUAAAAGAUCUUUUAGAAAAAUUUGCUGUUGUAGCAGAGCAUCGUUUAGAUUUCAAUAAGGCGGAUAAACGCUAUGAAGUUACUAGAAAUAUUAGAGGUCAAAUCAAAUGUCUUGAAGAAAUUGACAAGGUUGAACGUAAGAAGCAAGAUGAAAUGGAGCGAGAACUUUUGUUACGGGCAGCUAAAAGUCGGUCGAAAAAUGAAGAUCCAGAACAAGCAAAAUUAAAAGCUAAAGCCAAAGAGAUGCAAAGGGUAGAGAUGGAAGAACUACGACAACGAGAAGCUAAUUUAACUGCCUUAAAUGCAAUUGGACCUAGGAAAAAACCGAAAUUAGAACCGGGAAUAAGUCCUAGUUUACAGAACCAAAAUUCUAGUAUUAGUACCAGCUUAACAAAUAGACAAACAAUACCUAGACAAAGGAUAAAACGUGUUACCAUGCGAGAUACACUAUUCGUACUUGAACAAGAAAAAGAUAUUCGUAGGAAGGCAAAUUUCAUGUUCAAACCAUUCUUGAAGUGAUAUUUACCAUCAGAUUGUCAUUGUAGCCGUUCCUUAUUGUGGCUGCUGGCUAGUUGAUUAUGUUGACUAUGUUUUCUGCCGCAUUGUCGAACUAAUUCAAAUUGUUGUUAAAAACCAUUUCAUGCAUAUUCUAGAUUAAUUUUAUCUACAAAAUUGUUAAUUUUUGUUAUAUUGUUUUUUUUUUCAAUCACUGUUAAUUUUUCUCUUUCUUUGUUAAUCGCAACAUAAAACAAGAAAAGAGGUUUAGACCAUGUCCAUGUUAGUUAUAAAUUGAAUGCAGUGAAAAAAAAACUUAUGCGAUGUAUCAAAUAUGGAUAUAAAUAUAUAUAUAAGUAUAUACAUAUAUAUAUUUAUAUGAUAUCACUCAUUAAGCCUAUGUUAAAAAUAAUGUAUUUUUUUAUUGUAAAUAACACUAAUGUAUUGUAUGUAUGUUAAAAAAAGAUUAUUUUGUUAAUGUAAAAAAAAGGGAGUUACUCAAUUCUUAUUCUGUAAGUUAUGAUCCGAUAUAAGUGAGCACUCAUUAUAUUAUUUUGUAUAAUGUAUAUAUUUUUUUAUUAUAAUUAAUAAAAUGAA